AAAUGUUAGGUGGUGACUUCUUACCUGUGUGGACAUGGUAAACAUAAAUCGAAUUCAAAAUGUUAGGUGGCGAGACUUUUUACUUGUGUGGACAUACCAUAGACUGUAGAAAAGAAACAUCUUGAUGAUAAAUUAAUUUUGUGUCAAAAUAUGUAAUGUAGUUUAGAACAAGGUCGAGAUAUAUCUGAUAUUUAUUUGUUAAAUUAGUGGAUAAUGCUCACUGCAAGCUUAAAGCAUACAUUAAGAUUUGAAUUUUAGCGGAUUAUCAAUCAUAAAUUAUUAUUUUUUAACAUCUAAUCAUAAGAAAAAUAUAUUUUUUUUGACAACAAUCAUAAGAAAAUAUUAAUCGGCCAAAAAUUGUAUAGAUAUCAUAUCACACGUCAGGGUGGUGCAUCGGUGCGUGUUUUCAACAUUAUUCAUUAGCUCAAUGGGUAAGAUACAGAAGUAUAAAAAGUCAACAAAGCCCAAUAUUGAAAUGAAGACCAAAUCGAUGAAAGACAGUAUACUUGUAACAUGAAACUAAAUAGCUGUCCCCCACCGAGUGAAACCAGGCCAAGUGCCACUUAAAUAGGCUCGCAACCAUGAAUGUACAAAAUUAUUUUUCUGUUACUCGUAAACAAGACACAUGUUUAAAUACGUAUAAUGAGGACAUCUUAGGAUGUACAAAGUUAAAAUAAAAGUUAAAUAAACACUACCUACAAAGUGAAACUAGCUACCACACUGACCCGAUUUUGAAUUACUUUCUGACUAGUACCAAAAGUGAACGGAUCAUAUACUAUUCACCAUGAAAAUUAUUCGGGUCGAAUCUCAAACUGGGCAAAUAAUAAUAGUAAUUUAGUUCCAAAAAAAUCAAUGAAGUGUCUCUAACAACAAAAGGAGCAUGAUAAAAAAAACCAGAAGAAUCAAUGUUUUCUUUUUAUAUAAACCAAAAAACGUACGCACCGUAAAGUACUUUCUUCAAAACCAUUCAAAUCAUUCACAACACAAUCACCAUGGACGAACACGAACAAGACAACCUCUCGAGCUUACCACUAGAGCUCCUCCUCUACAUCAUCAGCUUCCUCCCUUUCGAGUCCACGAGACUAAUCCCUUUCGUCUCCACACGGUGUAGGUCCGUUUGGAGCCAAGCCUUAGUCGUCGCUCACAUCCACAACGGCUCCAUCGAGGAGAUCUCUCACGCGUUAUCUAGCUUCAUCCACAACUUCAACGAAGACGAUCCGUCUAAAAACACUAGAAAAAUGGAGUUACACUUCGACAAGUCAACCUUCGUGUCAACUAUUCUCGGACCUCAUAACGUCAUGCAUAUGAACUUCUUCUCUAACGGUUCUAAGAAUGAAGAGAGCUAUUGCUGGCGAAUUGAGAUCAAAGAUCAGAUCCCGAGACGUGUCGAGCCAAGCGGUUUCAUGGUGAAGACGCUUUGUUUAGACUCGGUGGAUUCGUUAACCCACGAGGUGGUUUCCUCCAUGGUGUUGGAUUGUUCUUGGCUUGAGAACCUCAAGAUUUGUGGUUGCAAGGGUUUGACUUCUCUCACUAUUGAUUCACCAACUAAGCUUGUUCACUUGUCUAUCUCGGAUUGUCCGAAGAUGAGAUAUCUCAAUAUUAGAACACCGAAGCUUAAAACUCUUCAUUACCAAGGAUUUCUACCUUCGAUCAAGAUCCAUGAACAUUUUAACUUGACCAAUGCGAUUUUCAACGUAAGACAAGGCCCAAGCUACUACAACAAUGCUUUAGACAUCGGUCCUCUCUUGCUGAUCAUCAAGAACUCUCAAUCUCUUACACUUUGCAGAUGGAUAUUCGAGGAACUAAUCAAACCGUCCAUAUCCUCUUCUUGGACAUCAUUUCAAUUCUACAAGUUACAUGAAUUGCGGUGGAUUGAUAACUCGAUGAAACAAGAAAACAUCAAUUCCCUGAUCUCUUUUCUCAAGCUUUGCCCUUCAAUCGAGCGCAUCUUCAUUACUAUCGAUUUGAAUACUUAUAGUUCAAAAGAAGACAUUAUUGUUGAUGCUGAACAUGAGAGCAAGCAUGCAAGAACACUAAAGAACUUAAAACUUCUCAAGUUGGAAGGAUCAAAGAGAGAAGACGAUAAGAAUCAACUGAUAUUGGCUAUGCAGGAGAUGGUCAAUAUCGAUCAGCCUCUCCUUAUACUGUCUUAACUCCCGAUUAGCUAGGAACGCGAGGGACAAAAGAUUUUAUGUCUAAAGAUACACGCAUGAACAUGCUUUAAUUAGGUCGCUGCCACACGUGGGUUUAUGUUUCUUGCGUUACAAGAAACCCUCUUCAAAACAAAAAUCAAACUUGGCUGUUUUGUCAGGAUUCACUGAUUAAUGAUGUUCACCAGUACCUAUAAUUAUAAUGUGUACUAUGAUAAUGACUUCCAAAAUCACCAACACUGAUUGCGCAUGUGUAUGUACGUGUAUGUGUAUGAUGUAAUAGGAGUGUGUUAAUUGAUAUUCAUACACUUGCAACUUUAGCAUAUAAUGGCCAAAAUAUUUAGUUUAGGUGAUAUAUCGUUUUCAGUCCAUGCGCGUGGAAUUCUUUUCUUGACCUUUUCAAUAAAGGCAUGUGUGAAAAGUUCAUUUGUCAACCAAAGGAAAGCGUGCAUUGCAUCAUCAAGUUUGAUCGCUGGACUUUUGGACUUGGCAACACAAGCAAUUUUAAUGAAAAAAAAUAGUAAGAGGAACUAUUUUUUUCAACUUUGGUCAGCACAAGUUAGGCGAAGAAGGUGUUCGAGAUGUAGAUGAUGGAUCUGUAGUCGAUGGGUGUGGUGGUUUCGUGUUACGGAUGAGAUCUCGAGUUUUAUCGAUGGACACUCUCCGUUGACAGAAGCCAAGGAGAUGAAGAUUUGAGUCGUAAUCUGUUACCGGUGUGGACCGGUGAAACACGGUUCAGUUCUCCGGCGUUGUUCUUUCGGCGGUGGUGAUGUGGGGCCUGUGUAACGCGUGUUUGUUCCUCGUUGUUUGAGGUGUCAACACGUGGCCCAUCUUUACUGUUAUUUGGACGCGUGUGUCGGUAUGGUUUUUUGGGUUGGGCUGUUAAGUUGUGUUGGGCCCUGGGGUAUGUGUUUGUACUGGCUUUUGCUCUUUGGGCUUCGGCCUUUUAUUAUAAUAAAAAUAGAUGGAAAAAAAAAGAUCGGAAAGGGUUGCAAAAUAAAAUUUAGGUUAUAACAAAUUCAAGUUUCCUUAGCAUUUAUUAUAUAUCUUUCAACGAAUGGUAUCAUGACAAAGAACGAAUAUGUUAAUACUUACGUGGACAAAACGGUCAAGCUAGUUCGUUAGAAUCAGAGUGGGACCGUGACGUACAGAAAGCUCUUGAAAUAGAACUGUUUUUACUCAUUGCGCGCUUAAGGUGUAUCAUUUUGUUUAUUGAAACUGAAGAUUUUUACUGGCUGAGGUUUGUUUUUGUUGUUGCUGUGAGUGAUUUAGGUGGAGAAUGUGUAAUGUUUCUUAUAAAUGAAAUAUGCAAGUUUGAUUGAAAUUUAUCUCUUUUUUUUUUUUUUUGCUAAAAAUGUAAAUAUCAUUGCAAUGAAUAAAGGUUUGGUUGCAAUUGUGAUUGAACCAGAAUUUGCUUAUAAAAUCAUUCUGCUUUUAAGGGCCGCAAAAAAAAUAAAAAACCUCUGAGAACUAAGAUUAAGAUCAAAG